AUGUCGAAAAUCAUUCACAAGAUAGAGGAGGCUUUCCACCACCACCACCACCACAAGGACGAGGACGAGGACGAGGACGACAAGGCCGAAGAAUCCGUCGAGCACAAGCCGGAGCACGUCAGCCAUAGCGAGCAGCUGAAGGAGUUGAUGCACAAAAUCAAGAAGAAGAUAGGCGGCGGCCAUGGCAAGAAACGUCGGAGCAAAGGGCAUUAUAAAGAAGGAGAAGAAUAUAAGGAAGGCAAAGAGGAGGAGGAGGAAGAAGAAAGUCAGAGCGAGAGCGAGAGCGGGAGCGAAGAAGAGGAGGAGGAGGAGGAAGCUUUUGAUAUCAUGUCUUCUAGGUCUAGGAGUCUCUCCGUUCAUGUAUCCGCUUCUGAGUCUAAAUCGAGCUCAGAUUCGAGUUCGGUGUUGGGAUCGUCAGCGACCUCCGCAAGGGAGACCGUUGAAUCUGAAAUCAUGAUAGCCAGGAUUACGAACAAAACCAGGACGAAGAAGGGAACAUUACCUCCUUCAGUUGAUCGCGAACUGAAACGUGCAGCGGCGGCUGCCAAAGGGAAGUCCAAGGAGCGUGCACCAACUCCGACCCCAUCUUCUACGGACACUACAGCCUCCGAACAACAGUCAACUCCCAUUGAGGCCAGAGAUCAAACACCUGACGAGCAGGUGGAGGUAGUGGAGAUAUCUAAAGAUUGGGGAUUAAAGAGGAAGAGAAGAAGAGAAGCUGCGAUCCCUGAAGCAGAGACAGUUGAGCCAACAGAAAGCAUGAGUGAUCCCUCCUCGAGGUCUACUAGACAAGGCAGACUCGAGGCCAAGCUUGCUGUUGAUCGGGUCGCCGAACCCGAAAGUAGAAAAAGAUUUGCCACAUUUCAAGAGGUGUGGCAACGGACGAGAGAUGAGCGACCUUCCUCUGCUCGCAAUGUUGAGAUGUCCGGGGAAAAAUGGGUCCCCGAUUGGAAGAUGCCAGGCGGCAUCUGCUGCCGUCCGCCAGCACACGCGCACGUCGGCAGGGGCUGUCUGCACCGUCUGCUUCCGUCCGCCAAUGCUUUGGGGGAAGCUUGCAUGUGGGCAUCAAGAAGAGCUUAA